AAGCGACCGGAGCCGACACGGACGGAGUCGGACCUGAUUUUCACUCCUCACGUUCACGGACGACCGACAAGCAGCGGGGCUGUUCGACCAAAGCGCCUUUUUACAUUACCGGGAACCGCCUCCCCCCUCCGAGAAGUAUUAAGAGAAGAAGAAGACGAAGACGACGACGAAGCAUCUCCGGGGGCACAUGGAAACGCAAUGUAGCUGGAAACGCGGCGGCGGACUUUACCGAAGUUUCACCCGAGAGGAGGCGAAGUAAGCGAGCGGCGACGCCAACAUGCUCAGCGCGACGCCGACGCUCGGCUCCCUGCUGCCUCUCGUGCUCCUCUGUCGGAUGUGUGCGGGCCAGUACUCGAGCGACCAGUGCAGCUGGAAGGGCAGCGGCCUGACUCAUGAAGGCCACACCAGGGACGUGGAGCAGGUGUACCUGCGUUGCUCACAAGGCUCUCUGGAGUGGCUCUAUCCCACGGGGGCCAUCAUCGUAAACCUGCGGCCCAACAUGGUCUCCCCGGCCGCCGCUCGCCUCUCCGUCUGCGUCAAACCGUCCGCGGACUCCAGCGGCACAAACAUCUACCUGGACCGCAACGGGAAGCUGCGGCUGCUGCUGCGCGAACAAGACCAGGCUCAGGGCAAGGUGCACUGCUUCAGCAUCCAGGAGGGGGCGCUCUUCAUCGAGGCCGUCCCGCGCACGGACAUCAGCCGGCGGACCACGGCGUUCCAGUACGAGCUGGUCAGCGACAGGCCGGGAGCAGAGGCACACUCACUCAAUGCGCCCUGUCAGCCCUGCAGUGACGACGAGAUGCUUCUAGCAGUUUGCACCAAUGACUUUGUGGCGCGGGGCAUCAUUAAGAAGGUGGAGCAACAAGAGGAGCACUCGUCCGUCACCGUGGAGAUCAGUCGCCUCUACAGACAGAAGACCCAGGUCUUUGUAUAUGGUGGCGUCAGGGUACGGCGCUGGACGGGCCACAUCAAGAUGCCCCCGCACUGUGGGGUGAGGUCCGGCGAGGGUGAGUUCCUCUUCACCGGGACAGUGCGCUUCGGGGAGGCCUGGAUGGGCUGCGCCCCGCGCUACAAAGACUUCCUGCGGCUGUAUGACGACGCGCAGCAGCAGGGAACCAACCCCUGUCACGUGGACACAGACUGACCGGGUGUUACCCGGCCGCGCCUGGAAAUAUAGGACGAGUCUUCACCGGGUGGUGACGAGAGCUGAGCCAAUGUUCGUGUUGAGGAGAGGAGAGGCUGAAGGACUGGGCCAGCGGCGCUGCCUCUGUCUCCUCUCUUGCGGUCUUGUGACUCUUUGGAGACGAUGAACGGAGCUCCUGAAUGUUGCCAAGCAACAUGUCAGCUGGACUCUGCUCUCAAAGUUCAAGAGGAUGCAGCGUGGAAUGUGUUCGGACUGCCUUUUCUCCUUUUCUUCUUGCAGAUGUGGAACUUCCCUGGUUUUUUUAAAUGUAGCAGACCCCCGUUUGGUUUUUAUGUGUAUAAAAUGUGAAUGAACAUUGUAUAUUUUGAAGCUCUGCGUGCUUUGUAAAAAAAAAAAAAAAGCUUGAUGUACAGUUCUGAAGUUAUUUCUUAUGACAGAAAUGUAUAAAGUGAAAUCAUCUUAUUUUUAUUUUGUUUAAAAAAAGAAAAGGAUUCGCAAUUCAAUGCCUGAAUUCAUUCAUGUGGUUUUCAGGCUGCAAUAUUGUACAAAAAAAAAAGACAACAAAAAGCAAAAUCUCUUUUUUUUGCUCUUGAGAAUAAAAGCUUAUUCCAUGGAA